AGAGAGUGAUAUAGGCUUACAUCAGGAUUGAAAGAUGGCAUUUAUAGAUGAUCCAGAAUUUGUUAUUGCUCAUAUUCGACACUCGUGUGUUGUGACAGAUGAAACAGGGAUGUGUGAACAAGUAAUUAUUAAUGAAGAGUUUGAAAAUGAGAAAGCUAUCAAGCACCGCAAGAGGAUCAUUGGAAAAUACACAGUUGAUAGAGAUUCUUUUGAUUUUCCAAGUUAUCCUCAAUCAUUUGACAUUGCUGUCAGCCCUGGAAUUAGCAGAAACUCCAAGUCACAAGGAAAGGGUGACCGAAGUAGAAGAGAAAAAAAUGGAGAAGUUAGGUGCACAACAGUUUCAUGGAAAGAAGGACAGAAGAAUGCUAUGAGUGAAGAAGAUCUGUCUAAAGUUUUUGCCAAACGUGAAGUAAAACCAGUUAAAAAUAAACCAGUGGCAGUUUCUCAGCUCAGCAGACAACUGGAGGAAUCCCGUGGUAAACCAAAUAAUCCAUUCCUGGAGUAUUCCAAAUUUGAAGGAGAGGCUUUCCAAGGAACUUGUACCAAAAAACUCAAGAUAUUUUUAACUAUGCUACCAGAGGAAGAAAGAGCCAUGCCAAUGAUUGUCACAGUGUUAGGAAGUGCCUGUGUACAGGACUUAAUAGGACUUAUCUUGUACAAGUAUACAAACCAGGGAUUACAGCCUCCACUCAAGAAUGAUGUCAAAUCUUUUUGUUUGCAUAUGGCUGAGGAUGAUGGGGAAGUUGACACUGACUUUCCAGCUCUGGAGAACAAGGAGCCCAUCACAAAAUUUUUUUUCAAUUGUCUGGCUUUGGUUCAGAAAGAUGCCAGUCCUGCUAAACCAACUCCUCCAAAACCUUCUGCAGGGAUCAUAGUAACAGUUAAUGAGCCCCAGCAUGGCUUUUCAAGAGUGAAGGUGGACAGCAUGAAUGCAAAGAUGAAACAAGUCUAUGAAAAAAUGGUCAAAAAAAGAGGAUUGAGAAGAACAGCAAAGGAAUAUGUCUUGGAAAAACAGACAGAGCCAGGAGUUCCCAUAAGUCUUGAUGCAACUCUAGAAAGCAUGGGAACAAUGGAAUUCUGUCUGGUCAGAUUUGGCCGAAAACGAAAUCAUGGGGAAGAAAAGGAAGAACCCAAUAAACAGUUUCAGGUUUAUACAUAUUAUACAUACAGGUCAUACAGAGUCAGUAUGCUGCAGAAGCUGAGGACUGUGACAGAGAUACAACUGGGAGUUUCUCUUGAGAAGAUAGAGAUUGAUCCAGUACUACAACCAAAGUCAGCAAAGAAGUUUUGGGGGAAACAAAAAUUUACUUCAAUAGAUAUGGAAAAUGUGGUUGCUUGUGACCCAGUUGAGGUGAAGAGUAAUGGCAAAUCGGUGUUCAGAAUAGUUUACUUCAGUCAAAACGCACAUGAGUUUAAACAUUAUGACUUUGAAACUGAGGCUGAUGACGCAGGGGAAAUAGUGGAACAGGUCAAUCACAUUAUCAAGUCCAACAUGAGUGGAAAAAGAUCAGAAUACUUGUCAUCAAAAGAGAGAAAAUCUGAUAAAAGAAGAUCCUUAAGAUGAGAGCAAUUUUAACAUGAACUGCUAAAAUUUACUCAUACUAUUAAAUGAUUGAUAAAAGUUAAACCAUAUUUCCUUGAAUAAACACCCAUGCUCUAAUAAGCGCCUACCCCCUCCCCCCAAGCAAUAAUGUCAAACAAGCACCCCCCCUUUACUUUCUUAAAGAGUAGGGAUACAAGAAAAACCUGUUUCUAUUGCCACUUCAUAUCAUUUUUAACCUGCAGCAGAUACAAUACAGGAAAAUAACAAGUGCCCUCUCUCCAAUAAAUGCCCCUCCUUUUAGCCAAAAUUUUUAAUAGGCCAGAAGUGCUUUUUCAAGGAAAGAUGUUAUUUAGUUAAAUAAUUCUCCUUGAAUUAAAUAAAAAAAAAUAUACAUUAGUAGUUCAUAGUGAUUUCCACCAGGAAUGUGUAAGACAGUUGUUUUAUUAUGGGCAGAUAAAGGGAGAGUGUACAUCAGCGUGCAAUUUCUCCAUACAGUUUGCUAUAUAUUUCGUAAGGUGCUGACAAGGAGAAUUUAUUUCAGAAUCAAGAGCUUCUUUAGUUGUUGAUCAUUUCCUUUAUUCUCAUGACCUUAAAGCUUGAUUCAGGGGUGGUAUUGUAAGGAGAAAUUAGAUGCGAGUCACUCUUAGUGUCAAAGGGUUAACCAGAGUCUUGGUUUUGUUUCCUUGUGCAUUAACUUCAUCAUGUCCAUGCUUUUCUUCCAUGUUAUUUGUUUCAUUCCCCUGUGUACUGUGGUGUUCUUUUCUCUUUGAAUGCUUUCAGACCUUCAAGUCUGUCUUUGGUUGGUAUAACCUGAUGGAUGAAGAGUUACAAGUUUUACUAAUGACGUAGUUCUACAUUCUAUCAAAAUAGCAUAACAUUUUAAUUAAUAUUUCCCACACUCUCUACAUGUAUCUUUAUGGCCCUGUUUGUAGUUAAAGUGUACAACUAGUAGGGUAUAUAAAAAAUAUUGGUUUAAAUUCUGUCAAAACCUGAAUUUUUUUAAAGUCUUCUCUGCAAUUUCUUUAAGCACACCUUUAGGGAUCAGUUCUUUUCUUCUAACAUUCACAAAUUGAUCAUGCAGUCUGAUCAUCAGGUUUAGUUAGCCCUGACAAGGACUGUAAGUUGUCUCACAGUCACUAACAUUUCCACAACUCAAGUAGAAGUCAUUAAUCAGACUCAAGUGAGGAGAGAUUUGUCAGUAAAGGUUUAAGUUAUAACUCUGUUAUGAACAGCUGUUAGUCACUCAAGUGCUUAAGCCUCCUUACUUAACCCUUAAACUACCCUUAAGUGACCGAAACAGAAUUUCUCUUUAAAAUAUCAAUACAAUGUCAAGUAGACAAGUGAUGAGAAUAAAGAAAAAUAUCAAUUAGGGGAUCAUUAAUUGAUCUAAUAACAAAAUCUCUGAACUAACAUCAUAAGAGUUAUAUGUCAGACAGUAAGGAGAAUUACUAAUUAGAUCUUGGGAGUGAAAAGGUUAAUUGCCAAAAGUACUCCUUGGU